AUGUUGAUUGACCAUGCGUAUCCAGAGAUUGAUCGAGAUAUUAAAGAUGAUUUGUUGGUGCAGGCUCACAUGACCAAUAAUACACUGAAGCAGCUUGUGAAAUAUCAUCCGAAUCACCCAGAGCCAACACUUGUUGUCGAGCCUUUCGGUUUUAUUAAAGAUGUUAAAUAUGUUGAUCCAGAUCCAGUUAAUCAUCAGAACUGGAGAAAUGAAGUGGAAAUGAAAGAAGCAAGAUAUGCUGACGAGCUGAAAAUUCUUAAAGAUUUCAAAACUACUAAGAAUGAGUGGUAUGUGAAAGAAACCAGAAGAAGACGUAGAAUGGCAACUCCUAUUGUUCGAGAAGGUGAAGGAUCUUCUUCGCAACCUAAGAAGAAACAAAAGAAAGCUGCUCAAACAUUGUUAAUAGAUGAACCUGAAGAAGAUAAUCCUGUGGUUUCUGUUGAGAAAGAACAAGUUGUAACUGCUGAAGACGAUCCAUUUAAUGUUGAUCAAUUGUUUGAUAGAGAUGUUUUGGAAACAGGGCCAAAAAUUGUUGCUGAUGUUAAUAAAGUGGUAAAUGUUGAAAGUCAGAAAGAGAAAGAGAAGAUUGUUGAAGAUGUUGAGGGAGAUGAUGUGAACAAAGAUACUACAAGUUCAUCAAGUUCUUCAGAUGAUGGUAUUGACGAGAUUGAAAGUCAAAAAAGAAUUCAAGAGGAGAUUGAAAAAGAAAAGCUGUUAAGAAAGAGAAAGAGACAGGAAAAGGACGAUGAUGAUGUUUAUGUGCCUUCUCCAGAACAUGUCUCAGGAUCACAAUCUCCUCCUGGUGGAAGAAAGAAAGCUGGAGCUUGUAAGAAAGUUGUUUCUCCAAAGUUACGCAAAGUCUCUCCAAAGAUCAAGAUUCCAAAGAUUGUGUUAAAAAAGAAACAAACAAAAGAAAGCAAAAAGCCACCUACACCACCACAUGAACCAAUACCACCACAAUCACCUAUCCAAUCACCACCCCUACAACCUACUUCACCACAACAAUCCUCACCACCUAAACAACCAACUCCACCAAGACAACCAUCACCUAUUCAUCAUUCACCACCACUACAACAACCUUUUCUUACCUCACAAGAAAUAUUUCAAACACCUCCACUCACCCAAAUGCAACCUGGUUUGUCUAGCAAAGGUCUUUAUACUCCACAGGAUAAUCUUUUAGAUGUUGGAGAUUUUGAUUUUGCCAACACUUCACAAGUCAGAAAUGUUGAAAAGAAAGUUGAAGAAGUUGUUGCUGAGAACAAGAGGCUAGCAGCUGAAAACAAGAAAGUGUCUCAUAGGGAUAAAGUUUUAGAAAUGCGUGUGAAGAAGCUGGAGAUGGAUAACAAAGAGUUGGUGAAAAAGAUUGAAUCUGAUCAAUCAGAAAUUGAUAUCUUGAAAGUGAAAGUUGCUGAGCUGGAAGAAGAAAAGGCUAGACGUGAUGAACAGAAUGAAUACUUUAAGUUGAAGAUCAAAGAAUUUGAAGCAGCUAAAGCAUUAAGAGAUCACGAGUUCUAUAUGCUGAACAAAGUUGUUGAAAGCAUGCUUGGAUCAUCGGUAGAACAAAAGUUUGAAGAGUUGCAAGUUGAAGAGCUUAGAGCUGAACGUCAAGCAGAGAUUGAAAGACAAAUGAAAGAUAAAGGUAAGGGAGUUGAAGGAAGUUCAGCUGUGACUGAAAGAUCGAUUGUUCCUUCUAUGGUGGUUGAUAAUGCCGAGCCUAUUUAUGCUGUUUCUGGUCUAUUUGAAGAUGAUACUCCUAUGAAUGAAGAUGAUGAUGAUGAUGAUGCUCAGGGUGGCACAGGUUUGAAAGUUACAGAAGCUUCCACUGAGAAAACAGUUGAUGAUCUGAUGAAUGAUUCGGUAAAUGAAGAAUCAGGGGAAGCAAGUGGAAAGGGGGAGUCUAGUAAAACUCAGAUCAUUGAACAUACUGAAAAGUUAAUCUUGGGAGUAGAUGUUUACAGAGAAAUGAUGCAUACUGUGGAUCCUGAGUUCAAGUUUGACUUUGAAGAAGAGUGGAAUACUUUUGAUAUCAAUCAACAACCUGAAUACACGUAUAAGUAUGUUGAAGAGGCUGAUAAGUACGACAGAGUGGAAGUAGAAGACUGGACGGAUGAUGAAGAUGUGGUUGAAGAUACUUCUAAGUUUCCUACACUUAUGGAGUUCUUUACCGAGGAAAAUAGAGAAGAAUUAAGACAAAAAGUAGCUGAGGCAGUGAAAGAUAAAAACUUUAAAAGCACUCAAAAGGAAAUGGAAAAGGAAGAUAGAUCGAAGUGGUUCAGAAAGAGUCACGAGAGAAAGUUUCUGGACUUUAAAAGUAUGCGAAGGACAUAG